AUGGAGCCGCUAAACUCCUCAGAUCCACCACAACCCAAGGAGACGCAGCUAAGCCAGCUGAUCAGCGCACUCCAGCAGCUGGUGGCAAUGAGCCCCAUGACAUCAACCACAUCGCCCGCCCGGAAGCAAGGCCUGACCGUUACCCCGUACAAAGGGGAUCCUGAAUCCCUGCACCGCUUUCUUGCGGAGCUUACCGCCAAGAUCAAACUAAAGAAAUGGACUGACGAGAGCGAUAAGAUUGUCAUUGCUAAGAGUCUUCUCAUCAAAGGGAAAAGCGCUGACCAGCUGAUUAAGGCAUACCGUGUGUUAGGGCAAACCACAAUAACCCAAUUCGACGAUUGGAAGGCCUGCUUGACGGAGCUCUGUCAAGAUACAGGGGCCCAGGAAAAGGCCAACCGGAAGCUCAUGGAGUUCUAUUUCGAUAAGAAUUGCCACCAGUCCUUUGCUGCGUUUUUUGCCGAGUUUUGUGUUCUUGCAGGAAAGUCAUUAAAGACAGAUGAAACCAAGUAUGACCAACUUGUCAUGGGAAGCCCUGCCUGGCUACGACGACUUGCUAGACCGGUCCCCAGCAAGGCAGCCACCCCAAACUGGCGGGCUCUUGCCCAGCACCUCAAUAAAGUGUUUGUUGAGGACGAACAGAUCAAGUCAGACAAGAAUCACUGGAAGGGGUCGGCACCCACAGCUGUUAGGAUGUCACAACCUCGUACCACCCGCCAACCAAGACACUUCCCGAUCAACCAAGCCCCUGGUGUUACGGCAACGGUGCCCCAGUCCAGUCCUAUCGUUCCUGCAGGAGAUCCGAUGGACAUCGACGCAAUUCAGACCCCACAGCAAGCCACCCAACUUAUCAAAGGAAAGAAAUUGACAGAUUGGAUUUGA